UAUGAAGUUGACUAAAAGUUAUGUUUAUUUCAGAAAGCAUGGAUUUAUCUAGUCCCAAAGUUACAAAUGAAGAAAAGUUAAACCUUUGCUCUAAAUACUUUAAGAUCGGGUUCGCAUUUCUACCCUUCGUCUGGGCAAUCAACGCUAUCUGGUUCUUUAACGACGGAUUUCGUAAGGCGGAGUUUGAAGGACAGAAAUUGAUCAAGAAAUAUGUUGUUCUCUCAGCAAUAGGUUCAACACUCUGUACUAUUGGUUUUAUCUCCUGGAUAAUUAUAUUCUACUACAAGAGGGUUGAAUGGGGAGCUACAGCAGAUUAUCUCAGCUUUAAUAUUAUGAUCGGAAAACCAUAGUUCUACUUGAUCAUUGAUCAUAAUCUUGAAGUUUAAUCUAUGAUCAUGAACCUAAACUUUAUCAAAGUAAAGCACACUACAUGUAAAUGUACACCUUGGUUCAAAACGUUUAUUAUAACUAUACUUUUUUAUUUAUAUAUCAUACGAAGAACUUAAAAUUGUUAAAAUUGUGACAAAACUAUACAAAGUUGUUUUAUUGUACUUAACUAUGUAUAUAGAUUCUAAUUUUCUUGUUUGAAAUUAAAUGCAUACUUGCAUUUGCUAACAUGAUGAUUCAUACAGCUGAUAAUACCGCAUUUAACCAAACUAAUUGUAAUUAUAUUUAACUCGUGAAUGAAAUUAAUUUAUUUAGUUGAGUAGAACCCCCCCCCCCCU